AUGGCCCAUACCAGGGCCGAUAUCCAGCUGCUCUCUGGGUUGCUGGCUGAGUGUAAGGAACUUGCCAGCGAUGGCCUCCACUUCCUGGAGCGGCCCCCCCCCCCAUCACUGGAAGCGGGAGAGGGUCCCGGGGAGGAGGUAGUCCCUGAGACCCCCCCUGAGACUGCUAGUACCAGCGAGGCCCCUCAGGCCUCCCUCACCUAUGCUGCGGCUGCAAAGGGUGAGGGGGUUGAGGCUAGGGCACUCAGAGGGCUGCCUGACAGGCUCCGGGGUCUGCUUGUGUCCCUGAAGGCCCAGCACGCCGAGGCGGAUUCGGGCCUUGCUGGGGUCCAGGCAGAGCUCAGAGAGCAGAGGGAGAAGUCUAGCAGGACCUCUAACCACAAGAGGGGUCCUGUGAGGGCUAUCAUUGCACAGAAAAAGCUAGAGGAGGAGCAGCGGCUGUCUUACAUCUUGCUCCAGACCGAAUACAAGAUGGCAGACAUCCAGUCCAUCCUGCAACAGCGAGCCAAGGAAGCAACGCAAUGCAGGAGGCAGAGGGCCCUUGGGGGUAGGAGGGACAUGUCCCCAGGUGACGAGUCCAGCAAGGACUCGGAUUCCAACUCCCAUCACUCACCUGGGGUGCCAUGUACCUCUGCCCUUGCUACACCAGGGGGCGCAGCUGAGACAGAGAGGAAGGCCAGAGAGAAGGACAGUGAAGCGGAGUGGGAAGAAGAGAAAGGUGAAGAAUGGAAGCUGAGAGUGCAGGACAGGGGUCAAGGGCUGAUUAGGGAGUCUCUCCUCAAGUUUGGAAACGAACUUGGAGGGCUCCGUUAAAGAAAAGAAGAAAACGAAAAAGAAAAAGAAGAACAUAGCCCGGCGCCAGCCUGAGACCCCUGUCAGGGGGUCUGGAGAUUCCAAGGAGGAGGGUGAGUGCUCCCCUGACGAGUAUACAUACAAUGAGGAGGCCUUCCCGGCCUUACAGACACCUGGGGCCAGGGAUACUAACCCCACAGGUGGCAACACCUGUGUGCCCCAGGAGUCUGCCCGCCCUGCCUCUGUGGAAGUACCUGGACCCCCCACAGCCCUCCAUGGUGACAGGGAGACCAUCCCCGCCGGUACUAUGGCGAGUACCGGUGAUCCCAUGGAGGGGCCCUUCCCUUCCUCCCUUCCCUGCCUUCCCUCUGACCUUCCUCUUCAUGUGGUUGCGCCCUCUGGGGUAGCUGGAUCCUCUGCCUCCUGGUGA